UCGGAGCGGAGGAGGGAAAAGCGGUGGCCAAUCAGGGCGGGGGAGAGGCUCGGCAGCAAUCGGCGAGCAAGAUGGCGGCUGCGGUGUGAGAGGUGCCUGGAUCAGACCCGGGGACGCCGGCGAGUCCUCAUGGCUUCCAGGGGGCUCCUGAGGGCGCUGGCGGCACCGCUGAUGUGGGGCCCGGCUGCUUGCCGCCCGCCGCCCGCCCGCCCCAUGGCCACCCUGAAUCAGCUGCACCGGAUGGGUCGGAUCAAGUUCCCGAAGCCCAAGCCUGGCCCCCUGGGGGGCAGCCCCCAGCUCAAGGGCGUGGUGCUGAAGACCAUGACCCGCAAGCCCAAGAAGCCCAACUCGGCCAAUCGGAAGUGCGCCCGCGUGCGGCUCAGCAACGGGAGGGAGGUGAUCUGCUACAUCCCUGGCGAGGGCCACAACCUGCAGGAGCAUCACCAGGUGCUGGUGGAGGGCGGCAAGACCCAGGACCUGCCUGGAGUCAAGCUCAAGAUUGUGAGGGGCAAGUACGACUGCGCCCACGUGCAGAAAGUGAAGAAGUGAGGCCCCCAAGUGGCCGGAGAUGGAGUGGGGGGCAAAGGGGCUGGCUCUGAGGCCCACCUCUGUGAUGUCACGGGUCAUUAUGAUGAUGUCACUGUUAAAGCCUCGCUCCUCGCAGACUGGAUUUGCGUCUCUAGUUGGGUCUCCGGAGGGGAGGCUUCUAAAGGGAAGGGCUGGGACGCAAGGCAGAGAACCCAGGUGUCCGGGGGUGGCCAGGGGCACAGGCUGUGAGGCCCCAUGUGCUUUUGUGAUGUCGCUGGCCUUUGCAAUCAUGUCACCAUUAAAGCUUCACUCUUCCUGGA